UGGGUCACAACGAACACGGACCGUGUUUCUGACGGACAACAACAAGACGCUCCAGCUGACUUCUCGUACCUGUCGUAACUUCGUAAAAUCUCGGAUUUAAAGUAAUUGUCAUCCAGACUCUUGUGUUUGAAGGGUCUCAGCAGACGGAUAAAUGUCUGAUGCACCAGAACUUCCUAAAAAAGAAGAAGAAGAAGAAGAAGAAGAAGAAGAAGAGGGGGAGGGUACACCUGAACCAGAGGAGCAAUCUGACGACAGCAGUGGGGAAGAGGCUGCAGGAGACACAGAGAUGGACUUCCUGCGUAACCUCUUCUCCAGCACCCUGGGCCUCGGCUCACCUGACAAAGUUCUGGACGAGUUGACUCUGGACGGAGUUGCACGAUACAUAAAGAGCGGCAAAUGUACAAACAUCAUCUGCAUGGUUGGAGCAGGAAUCUCCACAUCGGCGGGGAUCCCGGAUUUCCGCUCGCCAGGAACCGGCCUGUAUGCAAACCUGCAGAAAUAUAACCUGCCUUACCCGGAGGCCAUCUUCCAGAUCGAGUACUUUAAGAAACAUCCAGAGCCUUUCUUUGCCUUGGCAAGAGAGCUUUACCCCGGACAGUUUAAGCCGACGAUCUGUCACUACUUCAUGAAGCUGCUGAAGGACAAGGGGCACCUGAGACGCUGCUACUCACAGAACAUUGACACUCUGGAGCGCGUGGCCGGGCUCGAAGGAGACGAUCUCAUAGAAGCUCAUGGAACCUUCUACACCUCCCACUGUGUCCGCUGCCGCAUGGAGUUCAACCUGCAGUGGAUGAAAGAUAAAAUCUUUUCUGAUGCCAUUCCCCGAUGUGACAAGUGCAGCAGUUUGGUGAAGCCAGAUAUCGUCUUCUUUGGAGAGAAUCUACCCGCCCGGUUCUUCACUUCCAUGAAGCAGGACUUUCCUCGCUGUGAUCUUCUCAUCGUCAUGGGGACGUCUCUGCAGGUCCAGCCGUUUGCAGGUCUGGUCGGCAGAGUUUCUAACAGUUGCCCCAGACUGCUCAUCAACAUGGAGAAGGCCGGGCAGGCGGGCCCUCUGUUGGGGUUGAUGGGUUUUGGAGGAGGGAUGGACUUUGAGUCAGACAAGGCGUACAGAGAUGUAGCUCACAUCAGCACCUGUGAUGACGGAUGUUUGGCUCUCGCUGAGCUGUUGGGGUGGAAGGACGAGCUGGAGGAAUUGGUGAAGCAGGAGCACGCCAGGAUCGACAGUCGGGACGAGAAGGAGAAGGCCAGCGAGAAGGAAGCAGCUGCAGCCGAGACGAGCUCUGCAGCCGCGGCACCAGAGCGCCGCGAGGAAGAGUGACUCGAAGAGAAGCUUCUGUAGUGAUGUCACAGUUAAAGGGUGAUGAUGACGGGGGGGUUUGUUUGUCUGUCACACCUGACAUCCUUUUUAUGCUUCUGUUUCUCAGCAUUUGCACUUUACUGACAUGAAUCUACUUUCCUAUAGUUUGUUGCAUCAGCUGACAUCUGUCUCCGCUGGAUACAGUGAACUCGAUGCGUGCAGAUGUUCCUGCAACAAGGCGGUGUGGGGUUGACUCUGUAUUUGGGCCGAGCCGCAGUUUAAACUCAGAAGAUAACCGGGUCAGUGUGGAUCGUAUCUGGUUAAUGACCUCUAAAAAGUAUCAAAUGUAUCACAGAAUAAACUUCCUGAAGAGCGGCGGUGGUUGUAAAUAUUACAGUUUUAACAUGUUUUAACGGUUUCUUUCAACACGAUGUUUACGAGGCAACGUGUGUUUCCAUAAUCUCACAGGCUGUACGUGGUGCACAACUCGCCGCUGCUCAAGUCUUUAAAGAGUUCUGCAGAAACAGCAAAAGAAUAAAAGUUCAGUUUUAUUUUCAGUUGAAAUGCAAAGACAUUCACACGACGAUGUGAGACCCUGAGAAGAUGUAUGUUUACUAACACGGUGUCUUAUGAUGAUGAUAUAAAUACAGUGUUUGUUUGUCUGCAUGAGCUGUCGCAUCAUGAAAUAAGAAAACAUAUUAACACAUCUGUACAAAGUAAUGGAAACAAUGCAAAUAUCCUGCAAUAAAUUUGACCUUUGUAAAGCUGA